AAUGGCUGCCUAUGGCAGUUAUCUGCGGAAGUAAAAAUCUGCGGACGCAAGUGUUGAACUUUUGAUAAUUUAGGAAAGAAAAGUAAAACUCAGAAAAAAAAAAUAAGUAUAAGCUGAGAACUCACAAAAUGGCAGAUAGUGAAGAUGAAGAAGCGCCUCCAGAGAGGGAUGUUAAGGAUUUUAGCUUCAAACAAAUGAGGAAAAUAAGAAUGUUUGAGUCACCAACAACUUUACCCACUGCUCGCUCAAGCUCGCUGGCUGUUUCCACCAAGUAUGGGUUGACAUUUGUUGGCUGCCCUACAGGAACAAGAGUGAUAAAAACUGAAACCAUUGAAAGAAUUAAUGAAUCUGAUGAAGGAAGCAUGCAGAAUGUUGUGGCAACUUGCCCUUCAACCUUCAAAGAAAUUGGUCAUUCUGUACAGUUUGUGGGUCUUAGCAGUGAUGAUUUGACUCUGUCUGUCUGCUAUGUGAAUGGAAAUCAAACUCUCUUGAAUCUCUAUGAUGUUCCAACCCUUGGAAGUUCUAACACAUCAAAUGCCAAGUUUGGUGACACAAUUCUUACAAGUGAUGCAGGAGUAAGUGUCGCAAACCUUCUCUGGAACCCUGGUUUUCCUGGUAUCUUUGCCAUUUGUUUUAGUUCUGGAGCUGUGUCAAUAAUGGAGCUUACUGAAACUGAAAUCAAAACACUGGCUUCUCUUCCAGGAAGUGUAAAUGCCAAUGCAAUUUGUUGGAGUCCAAAAGGAAAACAGCUUGUUGUUGGACACAGAGAUGGCAGUUUAACACAGUAUUCACAGGCUUUGGAAGUUAAAAAGGAAAUAGAAUGCCCUGAAAUUUUUAUUGACGAUCCUCACUCAGUGACAGAUGUGCUGUGGAUUACUGCAACAUUGUUUGCUGUUGUUUACUCCAGCUUUGAGGAAGGGGAUGCUCCACAGUUUCUGCUUAUUUCCACUCCUAGAGAUGAACCAAAGAAAAUAAUAAACUUUGAUGAUAUCUACUAUGUGAUGAGCGAGGAACGGCAACCCAUGUUUUACUUAAAACUCAUUACUGAAUGGAAUAUUUUGAUUUCAGCAUGUUCCAAUGGGUUUGAAGCUGCUGUACUUGGGAAGUAUGGAGGAGAGGCUUCUACUCCUUGGGAAAAGUGGAAUGUUGAAGAAAAUGGUCGUGCAGAAAUGCCUUUGACUAACAACAAUGAUGAAACAUUUCCUAUGGGAUUGGCAUUUGAUUUAAGAUCAACCAAGCCCAUUUUAGAAGGAGAAAAAAAGCUUCCCCCAGCCCCAAUCAUGAUGCUUCUAUCAACAGAUGGUGUCCUGUGCCCAUAUUAUGUUGUUAAUCAAACCCCUAAUGUAGAUCAAGGUAUAAUUAGAGUUCCAGAACCUUUACCACUCGGAGGACAAAGAAAGGCCAUAGCAUCAAAAGCAGGUUCUGUUCCUAAAGGGAAUGUUUUGCCAACCUUUGGUGCUGCUAGAGACCUCCCUACUGGUGUUUUCUCACAGACCACAACAUCUGGCUAUUUCUCUCCAGCUGGUACCUCUUCAUUUGCAAGCUCUAAGCAAACCACUACUUUGGCAUCUGGAACUCCCUUGUCAGGCAAAUCAGGGAACUUUCCAAGUGGUACCUUUUCAUUUGCAGGCCCCAAAGAAAGCACUUCUUUGACAUCUGGAACUUCCUUGUCAGGCAAAUCAGGGAACCUUCCAACUGGUACCUCUUUAUUUGCAAGCUCCAAGCAAACCACUCCUUUGGCAUCUGGAACUCCCUUGUCAGGCAAAUCAGGGAACCUUCCAAGUGGUACCUCUUCAUUUGCAAGCUCCAAGCAAAUCACUCCUUUGGCACCUGGAACACCAUUGUCAGGCAAAUCAGUCGACCUUCCAAGUGGUACCUUUUCAUUUGCAGGCCCUGAAGAAACCACUCCUUUGACAUCUAGAACUCCCUUGUCAAGCAAAUCAGGGAACCUUCCAACUGAUACCUUUUCAUUUGCAAGCCCUAAAGAAACCACUCCUUUGAUAUCUGGAACUUCAGGGAAUCUUCAGUCUGGUACCUUUUCAUUACCAGGCUCAACGCUAACUGUUCCUUCGACAGCUGGAACUUCUUCCUCAGGUACAUCUGGGAACCCUUCAGCCGGUGCAUUUUCAUUUUCAAGUGAUAAGCAGUCAGGGCCAAUACCCUUUAAACCUACUGCACAAGUGCAAGCCACAGAAUCAGGGAUGCCCUCAAGGAGUAGGCCUCCUCUUGUGAAACCCACUCCUAUCACUCAAUUGCAGCCAGAUAGUCAAGUAAAGACAUCUUUUCAACCAGCACCAACUACUGCUGCAACCUCCAUAAAGGCACCCUCUCAACCUCAGGUUGCAGGACUAAGCUUGCCAUCAACACCGAAGCUAACAUCUGCUAAACAACCAGCUGGGCAUGUAACAAAGGAAGAUCAGCCCAGUCCUUUUACUUCAAGACAGGAGCAGAGGAUUGAGAGAAGCUUAAGUUUUACUGCAAAUUCUCCUUCACAGAGCUUAAAAUUACUUGGGCAAUCAAAUGCCAGAGAAAGUGCAAAACAGGAACGCACCAAAAAGGUUGCUCCAGUUGCAAAAGAAAAAACAAUGGAAGCAUCUGUGUCAGAGACUAUCCAUGAAACAAUUAGCCUCUUUAACGAAGAAAUGGCAAAAUUGGGAAGUAGUGUAAAGAGCAUGCAAAGGAAGUGUCGUCUUACUGACGAUGAUAAGGAGCUGGCUUCAUUCAGGAGGGCAACCGAUGAAGUUGGUCGAAAUCUCAAAGACAUCAAAUUGGCCACAAAGGAUCAACAAAAUGACAUUGACGAGGAGAAAAGAAAACUAUUUGAAGCAUUUGAAAUGCUUGAAGAUAUCAGGAUUAGACAGGAUAAGAAGAGCGAUGCAAGGUAUAUUCAAUUGCUUAAGUCAAGAGCUCUGGAUCCUUUGAAUACAAAGAAGAUGAAAGAAAUCAGAAAGCUUCAUCUCUAUCUUGAUAAAACACUCAGAGACGUUAUCAUGGUUCUUGACGAACAGUGGAACAAAGAGAAUGAACAGAAAAGGUCUAUCCAACGUCCUGCGCUAGCCGACGUUUACCAGACACUGAGGAUGCACCAAAAGAUAGCACAAGAUCAGGGGGUCAAGUUGGACAAAAUUGUACAAGGAAUGAAAAAUCGCAACCUGGUGUCAACCUCUUGGCAAAGAAAUCCGAUGUCUACAACACCUUUAAGAGAUGACGUUUCCCCUUUAAGUGACCCCUUUUCUGUUUCGAAACUGGGAUUAAAAUCACCUACAAAACCCGUCUCAGCUCCAAUAUCCCCUGAAAAACGAGCCAAGCUUAGAAACAUGUUUCAGAAACGGAGAACUACCCCAGUGAGAAAAAGCAUGCCUGUUCCUCCUACGGUUAACAAGACACCCUUAGUGAAGCCGGCUAAGCCUGAAGAGUCAUUCUUUUCUUCGACUCCUGCUCUAGAGCGAGGAGAAAUGGCAGAACGAUCCAAAGGUAGCUUUGAGCCCCUUGAUGAGGCUGAAAGGCAAAGUGAAGAAAGCCUUUCCGAGGAAGAGUCCCAGGAUGACGACACCAGUGAGGAACAAGAGCUUAAUCCGUGUAGCGAAGUCCAAGAAACCCGUUCACGUGCGCCUGAUUCGCAACCUGUACAAUCUACAGUUAAAGACACUUCAAAGAGCGGUUUCAGUUUGGGGAAUUCACAAGGAACGGCUGAAUUAAAGGAGCCAGCGACUCAAACAGCGAGAGGAUCAGCUGAUAUCAACAAUUUGCAACAAGUCAGGGACAGUCCGAAGGUUGUUGCAGGUGGAGCAUUUUCUGCAGUUGAUAAGUCCAGUGAUGAAGGCAUUAAGACGUCAGAAUCACAGGCACCUCAAGCUGAAUCAGUCAAACCAGCAACUGGUUUAAAACUUCCUCCAGUGAAGGAAGAGUCCUCGCCUGCACCAGUGGUUCAGCCGAAAGGUGACUUUAAGCCCAAUGUUAAGGUUAUAAGCACAGAAACACCUCCGCACGUUGCUGCAGCUAUGGCUGCAAUGAGUAGAGCCAGUGCAACCCAAGGAACAGUUCAGUCAAGUAGCAACCUUGAUCCUUCAGCGAGCAUCGAACCAGUAACUCUGGUGACUUACAAACCACAGUCCCAAGGAAGUGCACCAACUAAGGACUAUGAUGCAGGCAACACUGCUGCGAAAGCAAUUGCCGACGCAGCAUUGAUGGCCGCUACAGCAGAGGCCCAGAAGUCUUCCACAAAGCCUCAGUAUAGCACAGAAUUUGUCUUCAAAUCCCCUGACAGUAGCAAGCCUGGCCCUCCAGUUGUCACUUUUAAGCCACCUGCCUCUCCGCCAAAAAUAAAUGAGAGUGGUACCAAGUUUUCUGCUGCUCCCAAUGUCACUGUGAAUCCAAAUAGUGUAGUUAAACCUACAUUUGCACCACCAUUGCCGACAUCGUCCACGACGUCCAGAACUAGUGGGCUGCGGCAGCCUUUGUCAGGAACUCAGGCUAUAGGCGGGUUCAGCUUUGCUCCACCGGCUGGAAGUUUAUUCAACUUGGGAACUUCGUCUGGGACUGCCGUUCCAGCAUUCAGUGCAUUUAGUUUCAGUAGUAAAGCGAAAGACACAGCAGAUGCCAAAGCUUCUAGUCUUACCGCUGCGGCAAGCGUUGAGUCACCUAAACCAGCAACUACUUCCUCGACACCAGCCGUGGGUAUCACUCCUAGCGCAAGAGUGAGUAGGAAUUUAUUUGCAGCAGGAAAUGCAGGUGAGCAAGCAAUACCAACGAGAGGCGAACAAGAAUUGAAGCAAGAAACUAGAAAGGAUGAAGCGAAGACCACCACAGCUUCAUCUGUCUUCACUUCCAGAGAAUUCGUAACUACGGGCACAGCAGCAGGGUCCUCGAAUUCCGCUACAACCUCAUUUGGUGGAGGGUUUUCUUCAUCUGGCAGUGUAAGUGGUCUAUUUGGUUCUGCUGGUACAGGCAGUGGUUCCACAAGCAUCAUGAGCAACUUGUUGCGAACGUCUGCCAUAGGAGGUAUUUCAGCAUCUGGUGAUGCAGCACCUACGGUCAGCUCACUUCCCGAGGAGGUCCCUCUGCCUUUUAAAGGGACUCCAUCUGAGAACAAAGAUACCAGUGCUGCAGCCAUAACUACAACAUCCACCAGUGCAUUUGCAAGUCCAUUUGCUCAGGCCCUUUCAGGAAGUAUGAAGUCGAGUUCGCCGUCUUUCACAAGUAUAGGGAGCACAUCACUACUCACAGGAAGUGCUUUUGGAGCUUCAACUAUGACCGCUACGGCUGCCACGUCUGCUACGCCCGCAUCCGGAGGUGAAUUUGGCUUUUCUCUUGGUGGCGCUAAAAGUGCCAUAACAGCUGCGCCUUCUGUCACCUCAGCAGGGAGUAGUGCAUUCAGUUUCACAGCUGGUUCUGCAUCAUCUGCUUUUUCUGUGACAAGUAGUACGAGUCCUUUCUUCCCCAGUAUCACUUCUGCUUCCAAAAGCACCUCUUCAACAUUAGUAGGUUCUUCAUUAACCACUUUUACAACACCUAAAUCAACAGACGUGGUUGCAAGUUCAUCUCCAGGUUCUUCAACCUCAAUUGCUACUACAAGUGGUCUGUUUGGAAAAAUCACAAGCACCACAAGUGCGUUCGGUGCAGUUCUAUCGACAGGCAGUAACAUUUCUGGCUCUCAAGGCGCUACUUCAACUACCACUGCCUCUGGAAACGUCUUCGGAGGAUUCACAUCAACUCCCUUCUCUCCCACUCCAGUGUUUGGAGCUUCAAGAGGCCUCACCUUCGGAAGCACUCCUCCAGCUUUCGGCGUCCCUGUCAGCAGCCAAGGUUCCACAUUUGGUUCCACAUCAGUAUUUGGAUCGCAAAGCUCAGCGACCGGCACAGGGUCAGGGACAGGAUUUGGGGUAUCUUCCACUGGGCAGUCACCUUUUGCUUCUACCACAAGUAGUGGGUUUGGCACUGCCUCCAAGCCAAAUGAAAAUACUCUAGGAUUUGGAUUUGGUGGCUUUGGUUUAGGUGGACAAGCAAGCCCACAGACUAGCAAGACGAACCCUUUUGGCGUCACGCAAGGAUUACAGGCUCCCACGUCUACACAGUCUUCAUUGUUUGGUGGGAAGUCAGGAGCUGAUAUUUUUAAGGCGAGUGAUACAUCAAAGCCAACGUUCGGCGGUGGUCCAUUUUCUUCAUCUGUGUUUGGUUCCCAGUCCACUGGUGGUUUUUCAGGAGGCUCCUUCAGUGCUCCAGGUACUGGAGUAGGUGCCGGUGGUUUUGGCUUUGGUGCUGCAUCACCAUCAGCUUCCUCAGGGUUCGGUACACCCCAACCCUUUGGCUCACCUGCUUCUAGUGGGUCUGUGUUUGGUGGUGCUCCUGCGUUUGGUGGUGCUCCUGCGUUAGGAGGUGCUCCUGCGUUAGGAGGUGCUCCUGCGUUUGGUGGUACUCCUGCGUUAGGAGGUACUUCAGCGUUUGGUGGAUCCCCUCAAGGAGGUCUGGGGGCUAGUCCUACGGGAGGGAUCUUUGGAAGUGUCAAUUCUGGUGGAUUUGGACAAUCUCAAGGCAGCCCCACCUUUGGGGCUUUGGCCGGGCAGUCUAACGUUCCUUCAUUUGGAGCUGUGGCUGGUAUGCCUGCCACUCAAGGGUUUGGUGGAAUGCAACAGCCGCAACAAACAUCUCCUGCUUUUGGCUCGUUCGGUGGCGGCUCACAGAGUCCCGGCGGUGCGUCGUUCUCACAGUGGAGGUGACGCUUAGCUGUCCUUUGAAUGACAGUUUCCAGUGGAUAGUUAAAACAAUUGUAGCAUUUGCAGCGUCGUUUCACAGCUGCUCAACAUAAGGCAGGGUCUAUUAAAAAGCUGUUGGUUAUUGAU